AUGACUACCAUUAAAGAUUAUCGAUUUGAGUCUGCCCGUUUGGAUAGCUUCAAAGACUGGUCGUACUUAUGGAUAAAGCCAGAAGAACUCGCGGCGGCUGGAUUUUAUUAUACGGGCGAAAGCGACAAAGUAAAAUGUUUCAUGUGUGAGAUUGAAUUAAUUAAAUGGAAACCAGAAGACAAUCCGAUAGUCAAGCAUAAACUGAACUCUAGAAAAUGCGAUUUUAUUAAUAAUAUUUCAUGCGGAAAUGUAUCGAUCGGUACGGAUCCUAGCACAAUUCCGAUAUCUAGUCCUCAAGGAGUAGACGAAUGUGGAUUAUACGAUCAGGAGUUUAGGUUUCGUACAGACCACGAAGAAAUAGAAGAAAGAGUGGAUUAUUGGCUGAAACAGCUUCUGUACCAAAGAACCUCCCAUUUAAUACCGAAGCAUCCCAAAUACGUUAGUUAUGCUGCUAGAUUAGCAUCGUAUAAUAAAUGGCCUAAAGCAAGGUCACAAGCUGAAAAACUAGCAACUGCUGGAUUCUAUUAUUCGGGAAAUAGCGAUAAAACAGUGUGCUAUUUCUGCGGUGAAGAAUUCAAGGAUUUGGAGUUGAAGGAUGAUCCCUGGGUAAAACAUGCCAAAUCGUUGCACUACUGUCUUUAUCUAAUUUUAAUGAAAGGAAUGGAAUUUGUAAACAACGCUACUGAGACAACGUAUAUCGAAAAAAAUCUUCCAUCUGUAGUUCAAAUAAUGGAAGAAAAAUUUGAGAAAACUGAUAAUGGAAAUAUUGCUAGUGAAAGUUCUCAAAAUUCAACUAAUGCUGAAAAAGGAAAACCUAAUUUACCUAAUAUAGAAGCAAGUGGUGUAUCGGAUGAAGCCAACAAUAAGGAACAAUCUGUUCAAAUACAGACUGACAAGAGCAAUCGCAUUGAUAUUAUGCAGAACGUAAAAUUAUGCAGAAUUUGUUGUAGUAGAGAACGACAAAUCGUAUUUAUGCCAUGUUAUCAUUUUUUGGCGUGUGAAAAGUGUGCGACAGAUUUGACAAAAUGUAUAUGUGUUUCGUAA